AUGCCGUCGUCUCUCAAGCAGAAGUUGUUUUACGGGCUGCACCAGAGCAAGAAGAGUGAGACCAACAUCUCUGCUCCACAGCCGAUUAGUCCAGAAAAGGCUGGAGAAAACACAGGAUCAAGGAAGAGCGCGGAAGGUGGACCAUUCAUACCCAGUCCGAACGGGAAAUGGCAGAAUGUGCAGAAGCAGCCUGACACAGCAGGACACAGAAACUUACCAGAGGCUUUGCGAUACUUGACUCUCAACGAUGAGCGUCUCCGAACCUCGACCAUCGAUCGCAGCGACCCGGAGCUAGCCACGGCAGAACAUCGUCGGCAAGAGUCGGGCAAUACAUUACACUCAGAGCAAUCGCAGCGACCCAGCAGUGAUUCGAGCAGGUCGCGGGGAGUUCUCGUUGGGCCAGUUCAAGAUCCAUAUGCGGAAGGAUACGCGAACAAGAACAUCUCGCGAGACGAAGCUAUCCUUGCUGGAGACCUGAACGAUUCAAGAGCUAUCCGGGCGGCGCUGGAGAAAGAACGACACAAUGUACAAUCUGGACAUCGGCGAAGUGAGUCGUCUGAGGUCAAGAGGUCGCGCAGACACGCGCCGAUCGUCGAGCCAGACGAAGACCUCUACUCUGGAGACGUAACAAUUCCCGCGAAAGCUGUCCCUGCUCGCAGCUCAUCUUUGCAAAAGUCAGCGGAGCCAGCUUGGCCUCUGAGCGGCGGCAACGACGAUGCAAGCCAGAUAGAAGCGGCGAGCCGAAGCAGUCCAAUUCAAAAGACGUCACUACAACCAGUGAUACCAGAAACCACCGUGUCAAGCCAUUCAAGAAAUUCAAGUCGACCAAACCAUGGACACCGUUACAAAACUUCAAGUGCAGACUCACAAUCCGAAAAUCCCAACUAUCCAGUCUACAACUCUUCGAGCCCAGUCUCGCUUGAUGGAGUAGUAGAUCUCACCAAUACCGAGGACACUAGACAAUACACCUCAUACACCCCAGCAGUAACACACAACACAACAAUCGUCAACACCCAUGAAAUCCUACACCAGCCAAUCACACGUGAAAUCCACAACCACGACGUCUUCCACCGCGUCCUACCAAUCCUGCAAGUCGAAGUCCUCCCUCCUCGCCACUACGUUCCCCACCCAAGCCUCCCCGGCUCGCUCCUAGAAAUCUCACCAAAACAGAUCUUGGGAGGCGAAGAAGCGCACUGGAAAAUGCAAAAAGUCAUGCAAGAAGCUCUCGACAAUAAUUUGUCUCUUCAAAACUCGAGCAAGGAGCGGUUCACUGGUAGGAGGCCCUUCACGGCACGAAGAUUUGAUGGUUCGGAAGGAGAUUUCAAAGCUUUGAGGGAUGAGGAUGGGUUUGCGUAUACGGAGCAGACUUGGGUGCAUUUUCCUACGUUGCAAAAUGGUGGGAUGGAGACGGGGCAGACGGAGGCGUUGCAUUUUGAUCAGAAGGGGAGUAUGAGUGAGUUUGAUUUUGGGCUUGGCAAUAGGAACCGUGACAGUUAUGUGCAUAGCGAGAGGAUUCAAGAUGGGGAGGGAUUUGAAUGGAUUUGA